UCAGUCAUCAAUUUACUUUGUUGCAGGCACGUUCUGGUCGCGAGUUUGCUGGAUAAAAAUUCCAAUAAAAUUUACUUUUGAAAAAAAAUUAUUAAACCAGUAAAAUAAAAAAAAGGGAUCCAAUAUCACAAUGGGUUCAUUAAGUGACUUAUUUAAAAGAUUGUGGGCAAAUGAAACAUUUCGCAUCUGCUUUAUAGCAGCCGGAAUAAUGAUUUGCUUCGGUGUGUUUGGUAUAAUGCAAGAAAAGGUGAUGCGAGGAUGUUUUGGCGGUGAAAUGGUUGGGAAAGUAUGUACUGGUGAAAAGUAUAAAUACGAGACAACAUUUGUGCUCAUUCUAUGCACGUGGUACGCGCUAUUUGCACGAUUCAUUAUGUUCCUAAAUGACGAGUUCGAGUUCAUCCAUAAAAGAGAAAAGGAUCGAACACAUUGGGGCUGGUAUGCUGCAGCUGCAUUUUGUUACAUUUCAGCUAUGGUCUGUGGUAAUAUGGCUUUAAGAUGGAUCUCAUACCCGACUCAAGUUAUUGCUAAGUCGUCAAAACCUAUUCCUGUUAUGUUCAUCGGUGUCUGCCUGGCCAGAAAACGUUACACGAUUCAAAAAUACAUCUUUGUAAUCCUGAUUGUUGUCGGUGUCAUGUUGUUCGUUUAUAAAGACAAAAAUGAGAAAAGCGCAGCAUCUAAAGUCCUCACAGAUGCAGUUAAUGCUACAGUCACAACUUUAAGUCCAAUAACGACCACAAUAACAACAACAAUCACGACAACUAUUAAAGAAGCAGUAACAACAUUAAAACCAACAGCUGAAGAUACUCAUUUGGGAUAUUUGGGUUUGGCAUUGGUCAGCAUGAGUCUUUUAGCUGACGGCGUUCUUGGAGCUGUUGAGGAUAGAAUGCGAGCAGCUACAAAACCACCAGCUUUAAAUUUCAUGUUUUCGAUUAACAUGUUCAGUGCAAUUAUUUUAUUCUUUGGUUCCGUUGCAACUUUCGACAUUGUCGAUUUUUAUCAUUUUGCAAUGAAAUAUCCAGAUGUCCUUUAUAAAGUUGGACUUGCUGCUCUAGUUGGUUCACUCGGACAAAUUUUCAUAUUUAUGAUGAUCUCAGAUUUUGGACCACUUCCAUGCUCGAUUGUCACAACAACAAGAAAACUUUUCACUGUCAUCAUUUCAGUGCUUUUUAUGGGAAAUGAAAUUACAAUUCGACAAAUUUUGGCAACAGUCAUUGUGUUUGGUGCGUUAUUUGGAGAUGCACUUAUAGGCAAAAAGCAUCUUUGUGGACCAAGAAUUGAGGGUGAAGCUAAACCAGUUCCAAUAGAGGAUCCAGAUCUUGAAAAUAAUGGAAAAUUAAAGCAUGAAAAUGGCAGUCCUGUAGAAAUGGAAAAAUUGAAUGGAGUUAAAAAUUAAGAGAAUUUUUAAAGACACAAAAUUAUGUUAAAUUUUAAAGGCAUUUAUUGUAAAGCUAGUUGGUAAAUUGUAAUUUUUAUUAAACUGAAGAUGAAAUUGAGGUAAUUUUGAGGUUCAACUUUAUUAAUCGCUACGCGAAUGCCACAAGUCGGUUAAUCGAAAAGAUAUUUGGCGCUAAGCUGGCAUAUGCUAGUUUCGAUUUAAAAUCCAGCACCAUGCCAGAGUCACGCUGGCUUGGUGCCGGAUUUCUGAUUAAUUGACCGACUUGUGCCAUUUGGGUUAGCUUUAUCUAUGUAUAAGAUCAUUCAGAAUAUCACGACUUUACAGAUGACUUGGGUCCAUAUUUAGAUCCCUUGACUUUGUCUUUGGGGUUAAUAAAAUUCGAGUUUCUGUAAAAUACUUUACCAAUACAGGAACCUCAUGUACAACAUUAAUAAAAUAUAUAUAAAAAUUUUAAUUUAUUAAACUAGUAUCACCAAAAAUUAUGGUGAGGAUAUCUAAAAUAGACAAUACGUUAAGUGAAUGUAGAUUUAUUUAAUUCAAAAAAACACACUUCGACUUCAAAGAAAUCAUUUAAAGGCUAUCCAUCGGUGAAAAAGCGGGACACGUCCCGAUUUCAGCUACGAAAAAGCGAGACAGAUUAAAUUUUCAAGCAUUUUCCAAGAAGAAUGGGUUCAAAAACGCGGUUCAUAUGACACACCGGAACUUUUUUAAUUUCGGCCGAAAUUUGGGAAGCUUUUUAAUUGCUACGCUGGACAGCCUUAUCAUCAAAGAUAGAUUUAUUCUUAUUUUACUAAAUCCCAUAAAGUAUUUUUUAAAUGAAAUAAAACUGAACAAAAACUUUUUCAUCAGAACUUGGGAAAUACGAUAAAAAUCUUAGAUUCAAAAUUAGAUGUCAAAAUUAAGUGUCUACUUAAAACUACCACGUGGUAAAUGAAUUUGACUUUAAUAGUUUUCGAUAAAUUUAUGGUACGCCAAAAGA